AUAACAAACUUUAAACGUUCUAAAAACAACAUUCACAGCCAUGUCUAAAGAAUCUCAAGAAGUAAAAUUUUGCGGAUUUUUACCCUCACUACCAAAAGAAAAGCUUUUACAAAACUUCGAAGAAGCCAAACAGAAAAUUGAUGUAGACUCUGAGGACCACGAAGAAAUAUGGGAAGAAUUUUCAAAAGCGGUUACCGGCUGUAUUUGGGAAAUAGUUUUCAGCACAAAAAUUUCCAAUUUCGGAUAAAGCCAGUGCCUUACUGAAGCAAUAUCGAGAUGAAGCCUUGUUGAUUGAUCCAACAUUUUACAAUAAAUGGAUUUACGACUUCAGAAAUAGAUUCUCUAGUCUAUUUGAUUUUUGGAAAAAUGAAAUGGUGGCCAAGGAAUUGGGUCCACUAUGGGCUAGAGAUUGUGACUUUUUUGAUAAGAUGGAUGAUCCGGAGCCUGCCAAAUUUUACCAACUUGCCGGUUGUGAGGCGCCUUGGUUGAAGGAGAAGAAAUCUGAGGCAGAGCCACUUAUUCCCUACGACAGUGCAAAGACAGUUGUUUCAAAGGCAUCUUUGAAGAAAAUAACCCUGGAUAAUGCCCUGGCAGACUAUAAGAACAAUAUGGAGGCACAAAAUAAUAUUGAUCGCAAUGAUGAGGAGGCUUUUACCAAAAUAUUCACGGAAGUUCGUGAGGUAUUGUGGAAAUUGCUUUUUGAUGAACCUUCAUUGUCGGAAGCAAAGGCGAAACAAGCUGCCGAAUUGAUGUUGGCAUACAAGAUAGAUGCAUGUUUCCAAUCGCCGUAUCAGUACAAUGAUUGGAUCGUCACAGUUCGUGAUGAAUUAUUCAAACGGAAAUUUGUUGAUUUUUGGAAAAUCGUUGUCGAUCAAGAAUUGGGUCUUAUCGGUGCCAAAGAAUCAGAUUACUUUGAUGAUAUGGACGAUCCAAAAAUUCCAGAAUUUUACAAGAUUGGAAACGAGAAGUUAAAGCAGGAGAAAAAUAAAGCUUGAAUGGUAUGACACUUUUAUGGCAUCCAAACCCUUUACAUUGCAGUGCAGCAGCAGCAUCAGCAGGGAAUCGAAUACUAACAUUUUAAAUCAACCACACAGCUAUUAGACAGUAGAAUAGUUUUCCUUACAAUUUUGUUAUAAAUUUACGAAUAUUCAACAUUGUAUUUGUACUUUAAGUGCAUAUGAUGUACAUAAAAUUUUUGUAUUACGAUUUUAAUAAAGUUUUGUACAUUUAUUUAAAAAAAA